CUGCAAUACUUAUUUAAAAUCUCAAAACAGGCAAUCAGCAAAUUUAUCCCAGAAGUCUGUCAAGCUAUUAUCAAUGGACUGAAAGACAAUGUGAAGUUGCCUAUCAACCCUCAAGAGUGGUUAAUGAUGUCUGAUGCAUUCGACGAGUUAUGGAACUUUCCUCAUUGUAUCGGCGCAGUGGAUGGAAAACAUGAAGUUUUACAGGCGCCUGUUAACAGUGGUACCGAAUUUUACAACUAUAAGGGCCAUUUCAGUAUUCUGUUAUUUAUUUUGGCCGAUGCUAAUUACAAGAUCAGAUUUGUCGAUGUCGGUUGUCAGGGCCGAAUAUCGGAUGGUGAAGUAUACAAGAAUACUAAACUAUACUCUUUGAUAGUAAAAGGUAAAUUGAAUUUGCCCACUCCAACACCUUUGGAAGGACGUAAUAAAGUUAUACCAUAUUAUUUACUAGGUGACUCUGCAUUUGCAUUGUUCGAAAACAUGAUGAAACCGUUUCCGGGACAAACACAUGCGAAAGGUACUCUUGAAAGAGUGUUCAACUAUCGUCUAAGCAGAGCACGUCGUGUUGUGGAAAGCGUUUUAGGUAUAAUGGCACAAGUCUUCAGAUUUCUAAGAAAACCACUUAUGAUAGAACCAAAUAAAGCAGCAGUUAUAGUACUAACGACCGCUCUCUUGCACAACUAUUUACGAGCUCAUUCAGAUACUUACUGUUCUGGAAUAAGAGAAAGCGAAAGUUUAAGAGAGUAUUAUGUAACAUUACAACCACUAAGAAACUUUGCACGUCGGUCUCCUGACAAUGCAUAA